AUGACUGGUGCUCGGUAUUUUUCAAAGCUGGACGCUUCUUCAGGAUAUUGGCAAACCAAGCUUGAUGAGGAAAGCUCGAAGUUGUUGUGCUUCAACAGCCCGUUUGGACGUUAUAAAUUUAAUAGAUUACCUUUUGGUGUCUCAAAUGCAUCCGAAAUUUUUCAGUUGGAUAUCGCAGAAAUUAUUGAAGGUAUCGAAGGAGCCGCAAACGCUCAAGAUGAUAUCAUAGUUUGGGGUGACACAAAAGAAGUCCACGAUCAAAGUCUACACGAGGUGUUGUCUAGAAUUAAAGACUCUGGUCUCAAGCUGAACCGGAAAAAAUGUCAGUUCUGUGUUACUCAAAUCACAUUUCUCGGACAUGUACUGUCUGGUGAUGGUGUCGAUGCUGACCCAAGAAAGAUUUCCGCAAUCAUUGACAUGCCUGUUCCUCAGAAUAAAACUGAACUACAGAGAUUUUUUGAGAUGUGUAACUAUUUGGCUAAGUUCAUACCAGAUUUGGCCAGUGUUACUGCACCGUUUGGUUGUUUGCUAGAAAAGGACACUCCAUGGCAUUUUCAAGCCGAGCAAGAAAAUGCAGUGAAAAGGCUAAAAGAAAUGGUAACGUCAGCUCUAGUCUUGAAGUAUUUCAACCCAAAAGAUCCAAUUAAAGUCACGUCGGAUUCGUCAAAGUUUGGUCUUUGA